ACCCUGGCUCUUUGCAAAUAUUUGGCGCGUAGAGAUGGAGGGAGUGCGUGAGGGAGGAGUGAACGGGAUGUCCGUGGGCUGCUGUGGGCUAUCGGGGGCGCCCUGUUUCCCCAGGUGACAGGGCAGGGGAGGGACUCUCCAGGCGGCCCUUGGCCUUUCACUUUCUUCCUUCUCUGCCCAGUAAGCGCCUCUUACAGUAUCCCAGCGGCUGCUGGGGCCCAUGGCUCGCCUCUCCUCCCCCUGCUGCCUGGGAAAGAAAGAAAGAACAUACUUGCUGACAAAUGAAAACUUUUUCCUCUGGAGGUCCAGAAGGUAGCCUGACAAAUAAUGGGUUCUUUGGAUCCCUGAGCAGGGCCAAGUGCACUGAGGCCAGCCCAGGCACCGCAGCCUACACUGUUGCGGGGCCCCUGCCUGAGCCCUGUCACCGUGGCCCAGCCCCAAAUACACGGGCCUUCCUGCCCCAACUUGGGCUGCUUUGCUGGUGACAUGAUGUGAAAAAAUAUGCUGUGAGGCCCUGGAGGAGCAUUGUUUGAAUUCUGAACUGGCACGGGUCCCAACGUGCAAGUUCCUCUGAGGGACAGAGGCGGCUCCAGACAGCUCCACCCCAGGGACAGAGGUCAGGGCGGACUCCGCUUCUUCCUGUGGUCGUGAGCCUGGACCGUGCUCUGCUUUGGCCCUGUCUGCUUUCUGCCAGUGCCGGGGUGUGCUCACUCAGAAUGCACCGUUACUCCGCCCCGGCUCCGUCCCCCACUCCCCACUCUCUCUUGCUCUCUGUGACUCUCAUCUCUAGAAAUAAAACUCUGGAGAAAGGGACAAAUCUGCAUCUAGGGAUGUCUAUAGAGUCUGUGGCUUUAAGAAUCUCUAGGCCACUCUAUCUGUCAAAUAAAUAAAAUCUUAAAAAAAAAGAAAGAGAAAGAAAGGAAGGAAGGAAAGAAGAAAGCAAGCAAGAAAGAAACAAAGAAAGAAAGGAAGGAAGAAAGAAAGAAAAGAAAAAAGAAUCUCUAGGCCAUUGGCUUUAAGAAUCUCUAGGCCACUUUAUCUGUCAAAUAAAUAAAUAAAAUCUUAAAAAAAAAAAGGAAGGAAAGAAAGAAAAGAAAGAAAGAAAAGAAAAGAAAAGAAUCUAUCUCUAGGCCAUUGCCAAACGGUGAUGAGAAAAAAAUACUUUCUUGGGAGGAGACGUUGAGGCCUCCCUGGGCGGGCUGACCUUGAACACUCACCACAGGAGCCAGGGCGCUGGGGUUGCCUCGGCUGUGCUGUGUGCUGUGGCUGUGCUGUGUGCUGUGUGUGCUGCCUGUGGGGUUGGGGGAUGGUGCUGGGGCCCUGGGACUUGGUUUCCUCAUGUGUCUAAGGGCAGUGAAAGCCCUUUCCUUGCAGUGUUAGUGUGAGGGUAGGGGUGACCGUGGGCUCCCUGCACAGUGCUCGGCCUAUAGCGGGUGUUUGAAGCGAGAGCUGCUGAUGGCGCCUCACCAGGAGAGAAGCAGUUCUCAAGCGGGAGGCUCCGCUUUCCUCUCCUCUGGGAAUACUUGUCGAUAUUUGAUGAAUGUUUGCUAAAAGGAGUAAGUCUUGGGGAAACUUCUGUGUGUGGAUUUGUUCGGAUCCCUCUGCGACGGUGUGCGCGAGGGGCUGUGGGCCUCUGAAGGGCUUUGCUUUUUUCUCUGAGGGAGAAGAGAUGCUGCAGGAGGGCUUUGGGCAGCGAGGCGGUGGAACAGGACUUGACCCUUUACAGGGUCGCCCUGGUUACUGGUGGAAAAGACUAGAAAGGCAAGGAGCAGGGGUUCUUGGACAGCUGUGGUGGCGGGUUAGGCACAGAGUGGCUGUGGUUUGGGUCAGGGUGUCAGUGCUGCCGCUCGCUGCAGUGCUGAGACUUGGGAUGGACGGCUGAGGCGGGAUGGAUGUGCGGAGUUGGCUGCAGGACUGGAAGGUGGGUGUGAGCCAAAGAACAGAGUCAGAAAUUUUGACCUGAGCCGCUGGAAGGGUAAACUUUCCUGUUUCACCAGGAUGUAGUGGCAGCAGGUUUGGGAGGGAGUCUCGGGCAAAGUUUUGUGCUUGUGCUGCCUGAUCUUGACAUCCAGGACAAUGACCAGGAGCUUGUGUGUAGGAAGAGACCACUCUCACCUCCGAGGUGCCCACCUCUUCUCUGCGCCGGGCUCUGGGGUUCCCAUCUGGCUUCCUGGCGUCCUGUGUCUUCUCUGUGCCACCGGUGUGCUCACGUGGAUGCCUCCAGCCUCCAUCCGCCUCCUUGACUCAGACUCCUCCAUCCAACUGGUGAAACCAAGUUCCCCGGGGUCUCUGCAGAGGAGGGUUCCUCUGUCCCCAUCCAGGGCCUGACCCAGAUGAGAGGCUCAGACUCCCAGCGCUCCCAUCUCUCCUCCUUCACCAUGAAGCUGAAGGACAAAUUCCACUCGCCCAAAAUCAAGAGGACGCCGUCCAAGAAGGGAAAACCAGCCGAGGCGUCUGUGAAAAACCCGGAGAAGCCUGUGAGCAAAGAGGCAACAGACAGAUUUCUACCAGAGGGCUACCCUCUCCCCUUGGAUCUGGAGCAGCAGGCAGUAGAAUUUAUGUCCACCAGUGCUGUGGCUUCCAGGUCUCAGAGGCAGAAGAACCUGAGCUGGCUGGAAGAGAAAGAGAAAGAAGUUGUUAGUGCCUUGCGCUACUUUAAGACCAUUGUGGACAAAAUGGCUAUUGAUAAGAAGGUCCUGGAGAUGCUUCCAGGGUCAGCCAGCAAGGUGCUGGAGGCCAUCUUACCGCUGGUGCAGAGUGAUCCUCGAACUCAGCACAGCUCAGCCCUCUCCUCCUGCCAUAGCCGAGUGUACCAAAGUCUCGCCAACCUCAUCCGUUGGUCUGACCAAGUGAUGCUAGAAGGUGUGAACUCAGAAGAUAAAGAGGCGGUGACAACCGUGAAGGGAGUCAUCAAGGCUGUGCUGGACGGAGUAAAGGAGCUGGUCAGACUUACCAUCGAGAAGCAGGGGCAUCCGUCUCCAACCAGUCCAGUGAAACCCAGUUCCCCAGCCUGCAAACCCGACGGCCAGUCUGAGCUCCCCCUGACAGAUCGAGAGAUGGAGAUCCUAAACAAGACAACCGGCCUGUCCCAGUCGACUGAGCUUCUCCCAGACUCUACGGAUGAGGAGGUUGCACCCCCCAAGCCCCCGUUACCUGGCAUUCGGGUGGUUGAUAACAGUCCUCCGCCGGCGUUGCCGCCCAAGAAAAGACAGUCGGCUCCAUCCCCGACCCGAGUGGCUGUCGUUGCCCCCAUGAGUCGAGCCACCAGCGGCUCCAGUUUGCCUGUUGGAAUUAAUAGGCAGGAUUUUGACGUGGACUGUUACACACAGAGGCGACUCUCAGGAGGCAGCCACUCGUACGGCGGGGAGUCGCCCCGCCUGUCCCCCUGCAGCAGCAUAGGCAAGCUCAGCAAGUCGGACGAGCAGCUGUCCUCUCUGGACAGGGACAGCGGCCAGUGCUCCCGGAACACAAGCUGUGAAACACUCGAUCACUACGAUCCGGACUAUGAGUUCCUUCAGCAAGACCUCUCUAACGCAGACCAGAUACCUCAGCAAGUGGCCUGUAACCUUAGCCCGUUGCCGGAGUCCUUGGGAGAGUCUGGGUCUCCUUUUCCCGGCCAUCCUUUCCAGUUGCCUCCAGCACCUCCGGAGGGGCCGUCGGCCGCGGGACAGCAGACGGACAUGCCGCCCGCCCUCCCCGAGAAGAAGCGCAGGAGUGCGGCCUCUCAGACCACGGACAGUUCUGGCUGCCGAGUGUCCUACGAGCGGCACCCCUCCCAGUACGACAACAUCUCCGAGGACGACCUGCCGAACCCAGCCUCGGUCCCGUCCGUCCCCUUCACGCCCUUUGCUGCUAUUCUCCCCUUUCAGCAAGGAGGGUCCUCAGCCUCCGUCGAGUUUGUGGGUGAUUUCACUGCUCCUGAGUCAACAGGUGACCCGGAAAAACCGCCUCCUCUACCGGAGAAGAAAAACAAACACAUGCUGGCCUACAUGCAGCUGCUGGAGGACUACUCAGAGCCACAGCCGUCCGUGUUCUACCAGACGCCGCAGAACGAGCACAUCUACCAGCAGAAGAACAAGCUCCUCAUGGAGGUGUACGGCUUCAACGACUCGUUCAGCACCGAGGCCCCGCAGGAGCUGGCGCCGCCCCCCGCCCUGCCCCCCAAGCAGCGGCAGCUGCAGGCCUCCUAUGCUGCUGCUUCCUUCUCCUCUGUCUCCUACUGUGUCCAGCAAACUAAAGUGGCCUUCACCCCCGAGGACAGCAGUGCCACUCAGGGCAUCAGUGUGUCCGUCUCUAACUCCUUUCUCAGCCGGCACGGCACCUUGCCUGUGCCCUCGUAUAAAUCUGUGUUUAGGUCCUACUCCCAGGAUUUCGUGCCUCACAACCAAGCUUCCGUUCAGCCUUUCCUUCCGUCUACCUCCUCUUCCUCUCCACACUUCCCACCCGUCCACCAGUCUCAGAGCUCUGACUUAGCGGGGCCAACCGUAGCCAGUCUGCCUCCCAGCACCGUGGACGGGCCUCUCUCAUCUUCUCAGGAGAGCAACUUUCAUGGGAACACUGUCUGCCUUCCUUCCGAAACCUCUUUCACUGACUCGCCCCAGACGCCUUCGAGUGAAAACACCAGUGAGGAGGCUGGUGAGGGUGAAUACGUCAAUCUGUAUUCCUCUGGCCAGAGCAGCGAGGAGCUGGCUCGCUCUCGAGGCGAAUCACCAGCUAUGAAAGACGGUCAUCCUAGAGAUCCCUCGUCAGCCAGCAGCGCGGCGGGGAAGGAGAGCAGAGACGGCGACAGGGCCUCCAGGUCACCAGAUGGUUCAGAGUUGGCGCGGUCAGAGGAGGAAGUGGAUGAGCUGUCCCUCAUCGACCACAGUGAGAUUAUGGCCAGGCUGACACUCAAGCAAGAGGGUGACGACGGGCCAGACGUCCGUGGCGGGUCCGGAGACAUCCUACUGGUGCAUGCUACUGAGACAGACAGGAAAGAUUUGGUCCUGUACUGUGAGGCCUUCUUGACCACCUACAGGACCUUCAUCACCCCGGAGGAGCUCAUCAAGAAGCUGCAGUACAGAUACGAGAAGUUCUCUCCCUUUGCCGACACAUUCAAGAAGCGUGUCAGCAAGAACACGUUCUUCGUGCUGGUGCGGGUGGUGGACGAGCUCUGCCUUGUGGAGUUGACAGAAGAGAUCUUGAAGCUGCUGAUGGAGCUGGUCUUCCGCUUGGUGUGCAGCGGGGAGCUCAGCCUGGCCCGCGUGCUCCGGAAGAACAUUCUGGACAAGGUGGACCAGAAGAAGCUGCUCAGGUGUGCCAACUCCGACCAGCCCCUGGCAGCCCGGGGCGUAGCCGCCAGGCCAGGGACUUUGCAUGACUUUCACAGCCAUGAAAUAGCCGAGCAGCUGACCCUGCUGGAUGCUGAGCUCUUUUAUAAAAUAGAGAUUCCUGAGGUUUUGCUUUGGGCAAAAGAGCAGAAUGAGGAGAAGAGCCCAAACUUGACCCAGUUCACGGAGCACUUCAACAACAUGUCCUACUGGGUCCGGUCAAUAAUCAUGUUACAAGAAAAAGCCCAGGACCGGGAGCGGCUGCUGUUGAAGUUCAUCAAGAUCAUGAAGCACUUACGGAAGCUGAACAACUUUAACUCCUACCUGGCCAUCCUCUCAGCACUGGACUCGGCUCCCAUCCGCAGGCUGGAGUGGCAGAAGCAGACCUCGGAGGGCCUGGCGGAGUACUGCACACUGAUCGACAGCUCGUCCUCCUUCCGCGCCUACCGGGCUGCCCUCUCCGAGGUGGAGCCCCCGUGCAUCCCCUACCUGGGGCUUAUCCUGCAGGACCUCACCUUUGUUCACUUGGGCAACCCAGACUAUAUUGACGGGAAGGUGAAUUUUUCCAAACGGUGGCAGCAGUUCAACAUUCUGGACAGCAUGCGGUGCUUCCAGCAGGCGCACUAUGAUAUCCGAAGAAAUGAUGACAUCAUAAACUUCUUCAAUGACUUCAGCGACCACUUGGCGGAGGAGGCCCUGUGGGAACUCUCUCUGAAAAUCAAACCUAGGAACAUCACGAGGAGAAAAACAGACCGGGAGGAGAAGACCUAGGAGCGGUGCCGUGAGCGAGGAGAGCGCUCGAGAGAGGCUCUGAGGGCUGCCCAGACCGGGAGGGACCUUGGACCUGGCCCCCGGCAGGCUGCACGUGUCCCGGCCCCAGGGCUCAGCCAGCCCUCUGCUGUGCCGGGCAGGAGCCCCAGCAGCUUCCGGCUCCUCUUCUCCACGGGAGCGGACGCCAGGCCCACCGUGGAGCCAGCAGGCAGGUCUCGUUCCUGGUUUGUGAGCCCGUGGUUUGGUUUUGGUUCCGGUUUCUGCUUUCACUUCCGUAUUCCUCACCCCCUCCCACCCCCUGGCCUGGGAGCCGCACGGGAGAGCGGCAGGCCAAGGCACACUGGGACUCUCUUCACCCCCCCUUCCAUUUGAGGCUCCCGAAUCGGCUGCAAUGACGAAUGAGUGGACGCUGAGAGGUGGGGGCUGUACCCCAGGGACUGUCAGUCGGGUCGGCAGGAAGCAGAGAAGACCCGGGAGGCUCCUUGUACUUUCCUUGCCCUGCUUAAUGCAAGAUGGUGUGAGCUUUUGACGUGGCCCGGAAAGGUUCACCAGGUGGCCUUUCAGCAGCGCCGGGGCUGGGGCUCCCGUCACGGUACCGGCCCUCAGAACCGUCCUCCUCCCGGCCCUUCGCCUCCCCGACCGCGCGGCACUUGGGGGAGCUGGGGCAGAAGAUGGAGCAAGGGAGGGUGGAGGUUUAGCGAGCGGGGCCGGAAGUCCUCCCGGGUGAAUGAAGUUGGAGAGCGGAGGGGCGGUUCUGUCCGGGGAAGGCCCAGGUCCCUCCUCUGUCGCUUGCUGUGUGCCUUAAACUCCGUCUCCUGUCCCCCGGCCCCCGGGGGCUCCCUUCCCACCUUGCUCCAUCCCGGUGGGGCCCAGGGGUGCCUCUCCGACCUCCCCCCCGGUGCACAGCAAGCUCUGCCCGGUUUAGGACGGGGCGCCCCUGAGCAGACGGGGCGGCCGUGGCUCUGGAGGUGCCUGUUGAGGCUGACUGGCCCGGCUCCUACCCCCUGCCCCGGGGACCGCUCGCUCUCCCCGUCUUCCUGGUUGGAAGCCGCACUCGCUGGUGAGGCGGACUGUCGGAGGCAGGUCCGCAGGGCGGUCCCCGCACACGGAGGGGCCGCUGUCCCCCGUCCCUCGGGUCCUGAUUGGCUGACUGAGUGCUGGCUUCUCCAAGGCUUCACCUGCCUUCACUUGGUCAAGCAAAUGCCAGGGUCGAACUUCUUAAACAACCGUGUCACUUUGAGUCUUUCCUGGGUUCUGAGCAGCUUUCUCCGCUCUUGUUUUGGGGUCCUGGACCUAGAGGGGAGAACGUGUGAAAUGCCAGCGGCACCCCCUCGGGCAGUGGUCUGGCUGCCUCGGGCCGAACGUGUCACUUUCCUAUUUAAAGCGUGUGGUCGCUGUUCUUCAGUGCGGGGGCAGGAGUCCCCUCACUGAGGUCGCGCCCUCCCCCUUCCCGUCUUGCCCCUGCCUGGCCCAGCGCUGCCAGAGGCUGCUGCGUGCGGGGGGCGGCCGCCGCGGCCCAAAUACUCAUGCCGGGUCGGUCUGCACCUCACACGCCCGUCCGCGGAUGGGGAUGGGGGCUUUACCUUCCGGCCCCUCCCCUCUGGGAGCCCUGCCAGGCAGAGGGAGGCAGUGUGGGGGACGGGGGUCCCUGCGAGAGGACCACAGGGGCCGUGUGCGUUUAAUUUCUGGCUGGCAGGCUUCCCACCCCGUGCCAGCCUCUCAUCUGGGCUCUGAUCGGUCUGGGGGACCAGUACCCAGUGUUCCCUGCGGGGCGGUGCUGGAGCCAGGGAAGGGCGGCCGCACGCCAGGUCAGGAGGAACCCAGCCUUUCAGAAGCACCUCCCUCUCCCCCCACUCCACGCCUCCCCCUGUUACAUUGUAAUAUAUAUGUAUCCCCACUAACCUGGCUGAUGGUGGUAUCUUCCUGCAGACAUUUCAAACCUGUAACUUUUAUACGAAAGGAGAAUAAACACGGAUGAAAGCUG